UGCUAAUGUUCUCCUCUGCAAAUGCUCCACCAACAGAUGGGAAUACCAGCCAGACAAUCCCAGAAGGUCAUGACAUGGCCGCUGGUCCUGCCGAUGAUAUGGAAUACCAAAAAGACAUUGGAACAAUGCCCUCCGAUGUUGGACAAGCGCAAAGCAUAGGCGUUGGACUAUCGGAUGUUGGACAAGCACAAUCCAUUGCCGCUGGACCGUCCGUUGGGCCAUCAACUGUCAACAGACAAAACGUUCACGUCGUUGAGGCAGCCAAACCCCCAGCAACAUCGUCCAAAGGUUCAACUGCAAUACUGCAAUACGACGAGGCACAGCGUAACGAUCAAGUUCAUGUCCGACUUGAAACACCUGAGGAUAUGGGUAUGAGUAGCGCUGCAGAGAGCUCUAGCCAUAGAUGUUGCGCGCCCGAUGCGGCUGUCCCUGACAUCGACAUGUUAGCCGAAUCAGGUGACAGAAAUCCAGGCGCCAACGAGAGCCCUGCUACAGCCUACGAUAUGGAGGUAGAGUCUAGCCUAUGA